AUGGACACCGACAGUAGAGUGCCUUCUGUGCAACAGAGAAAGAGGGAGAGCAGUAGCAGUUACAGUGACUGUGACGCUGAACUGCCUUCUGUGCAGCCCCACAGAACGAGUAGCACUGACAAUGAUAGUGACUUUGAACUGCCUUCUGUGCAGCCCAAGCGAUGGAGGGACAGUGACAGUGACAGUGACGCUGAACUGCCUUCUGUGCAGCCCCAGAGAACGAGCAGCAGUGACAGUGACGUUGAACUGCCUUCUGUGCAGCCCAAGCGCAGGAGCGACAGUGACAGUGACAGUGACGCCGAACUGCCUUCUCCCAAGCGAAGGAGGGACAGUGACAGUGACAGUGACGCCGAACUGGCUUCUCCCAAGCGAAGGAGGGACAGUGACAGUGACAGUGACGCCAAACUGGCUUCUCCUAAGCGAAGGAGGGACAGUGACAGUGACGCCGAACUGCCUUCUCCCAAGCGAAGGAGGGACAGUGACAGUGACAGUGACGCCGAACUGGCUUCUCCUAAGCGAAGGAGGGACAGUGACAGUGACGGCGGACGGGAUCUUCCGUGA